AUGGACAGCUCACAUCGCCUGUGGAGGCUGGUGUACCUGUUCCUAUUUACUUUGUGGAGGCCCAGGAUUCUAGUUCAAGCAGGGAUAAACAGCACUCAUCUGCACAUGGGACGUGACAUUACACGGAUAGUUACCAAUGAGUUUCAAGAUAUUUACAUUGGAGGCGUCAACUUCAUCGCCCAGCUAACCCCCAAGUUAUUUAUUAAACUGAAUAUCACAAUAGGACCUGUCACAACAUCGGAGCACUGCGCGCCAAACCCGGCUCCCUGUGACAAUAUCGUGAGAGUUCUGGAAAUCGACGCAGUGCAGAAAAUGCUGCUUGUAUGUGGGUCAGCUUAUCAAGGUACAUGUACUAUUCACAGCUUGCAAGACAUCGAUGUGUGGUUUUGCUUGAAUAGCGAGACAAACAGUGCCGGGGCCGAAGUCGUGUCGGGAAGUCAUGAGAGAAAUUCGGUUCUUCACUUCCUACCCUCCACAGUUAGGAACUCGCAGAUGGCACCUGUAGUUGCUGCCCGCGAAUGUCGCUCAAAAGGCUUUGGGCAGAAAUAUGUCGCUGGAAAUGAUUCCCAACCAAAAUACGUCAGAAUGCAACACUAUGCGCCACGAAUAAGAUUUAGACGUUUGUUGUACUCAGCAGAAGUAUUAAGUAAACGGGACAUUCGUGAAAAUGUACAGAGCCUAGGAGGUAUCUUUAAAAACAACUUUACAGGUUUACACAACAGUGGAUAUCAUGUUCAAUCAAAUGUGAUGAUUGCAGGAAGUGUAUACAAUCCUAAAUUGUCUACAAAUCCACUCCACCUCUCCAUUCGACGCAUCACCUUUAACGGUUCCCAGUAUACCAUUGGUUACUCCCGUGAUCACGACACAACACCUGUAGGCUUUCAGAUGAAAAAUGCCAAAGACACCUCCAUCACUCCAGAUUACAAAUUGUCUUUUACGUGGGGCAAUUACUCCUACUUCGUGUUUCUGCAGCAGUCCACAGAUUGUGAGAAAACGAGUCGCUGCAUUCAGACUAAGAUCAGCCGUACCUGUAAUGAUCCUUUAUCAAUACUGCCUUAUGUGGAAAUUACUCUGAUGUGUACGGACAAGGUAAAGUAUAUUACAUAUGUUUAUGAGAAUUCAAAUUUUAGUGAGUAUAAUGAAGAGUCGUUUCCAUUGUUGGGAAAUAUAGGGCCAUUGAGGUAUUGGAAAGAACAGGUAUUACAACAGACUGCUAUAUGCACAGUCUAUGAAGGCUUAGGUGGCUGGGUCAGACCUGGGGAAUGGAGGAUUAAGAGUACCUAA